UAGUUAGCCGGGUUAGCAGUGUGACUUGGCGCUGUUCCGCUGCAGCCCGAAACACACCUGCUGUUUACUGAGAAACCCGAGCUCUCUCCCAAACACCAAAACACCGCCGAUGGAGGGAGAUGAGUGUGAGUUCUCCACGGAGCCGUCUGAACCUUCUCGCUCAAACAGAGGAAGUGUUUCUUCAUCAGUCACCCGGGCCCAGGACGUGUUGGUGUACCUGGUGAGUGACGGGGCAGUGCAGGUGUGUGCAGAGAGCGUGGGCUGUGUGUGUGUGCAGGAGCUCGGCCGCAGUGUGAGAGACGCCCUCAACAUUCCCGAUUCUGCUCAGGACAUGUUCGCCUUCUGGCUGUGCUCACCUCUGCUGGAGCUGCAGUUGAAGCCGAAGCACCAGCCGUAUAAGUUGUGUCGUCAGUGGCAGGACCUGCUGUACCGCUUCACUACUGCACACACAGACGACAUCUCACUAGAUGAGCCGUGUCUGCAGUACAAGAGGAAUGUUUUUUACCCCAAAUCUAAAGAACUGCAGAUGGAGGAGGAGAGUGUGUUGCGGCUCCUGUACGAUGAGGCUAAAUUAAACAUCAUUGAGGGUCGGUACCCAUGUGACCCUGAGCACUGGAUCCGAUUGGCUGCUCUGUCCUGCGCUAUAGAGAUCGGGACAGGACUGGACGACCAGCAGCUCACCUCCGCUAUCAGAGAAAAGAAGCUGUCCUCACUGCUGCCAGCCCAUGUGGUGGGUGGGGUGGGGGCGGGGCUUCUCUCCACCCUGAGGCUGAGGGCGGGGCGUCGCGCUGAACUGGAACAGAGUCUACUGAAGGAAUACCACACACUGACCACGCCCACCGAGCCCCGCCUACUCCUUCUCCAGUACCUCAGCAUCUGCCACUCGCUGCCUUAUUACGGGUGUGCGUUCUUCGCGGGGGAGAUCGAUAAGCCGGCGGCAGGGCUGCUGCAGCGGGGGGGUCGUAAGGGGGUGAGUGUGGGGAUCAGUCUGGAGGGUGUGUACGUCAUCGACACCAAGGAGAAGCAUGUGCUCCUGGGUCUGCGGUUCUCUGAGCUGUCGUGGGAUCACACGUACCCCGACACUGAGGGAGACUCGCACAUCCUGUGGCUGGAGUUCGAUGGAGAGGAGGAGGGAACACCCGUCAAUAAAUUACUGAAGAUCUACUCGAAACAGGCGGAGCUGAUGAGCGGUCUGAUUGAGUUCUGUGUGGAGUUGCGCUCCGUUGGUGAAGCGGCCGCGUCCCAAAUGGCUUCGGCUCAGGUGGAGGGUGCGGAGGGGGCGAGGGGGCGGCGUGCAGGGAAAGUGCGCAGGCAGAACAGUGUAGUGUGCAGCAGAGUGCACACCCUGAGGACCAUCAGCUACGUGGACGACGGUAAAGAGAUAAAGCGUCUGAAACCGAAGAGAGCCGGGUCGUUCUUCAGCAAACAGACUCCUCCCACUUACACCGCUGUUCAGAUGAUGGAGAACUCGGAGCAGAGCUGAAACACUGCCCUGUGUCAAGUGGAGACCAAACACACACACACACACACACACACACACACACACCAUGGAGAUGAACUGAAGGGACAGACGCGCUCAACUAAGAUCACUGAACCUGUGAGAUGCUUCUCUUCUAUGCAAACAGCUUGAAACUACACAGAGAAUACACACACACACACACACACACACACACACGCCCACCAAAGUGCCAGUGUCUGACCUCUGUGUGCUCUCAAUUCACUGCUUCAUUAUCUCGUCACGCAGCGUCACUGCAGCAGCACUGAGGCAUGUAUGGAACACUCCGGCUCCGCCCACCGCUGCGUCCCAAACCGUGUUAAAUGCAGUUUCCUAGCACAUGGGCUGUGUCUCAAAUCGCCACAGUUCUUAUUAAAUAGUGAUAAACCUAGAAUAACCUCUUAAAGCAGAAGCUCGUUCCAGUCUAAUUGUACUUUUAUUUAGAAGCGGUCCAUCUCGGCUCAACACUGGACACACACUAACUCCACUCCUCUCUCACACACUCACAGGGGGACAAACGUCUGUGUGUGUUUAAUUUAAUAAUCCAGAGAGGUGGGCUGUGUCUCAAACUGUAUUAGUGCUUUUAAUGUUCUGACAUUUGUUAUGGGGAUUUGUUAAUUGAUUUGUGUUUCUUUGUUUGUUUGUUUGUUUUAUAUGAUGUAAUCCUGCAAGUCUUCGCGGUUUACGUUCCCAAACACACACUUGUGCACUUUGUAGUAACUGUAUAAAACAGUGUCAGAUGUGGAAGUCUGUAGUGGCAGCAGGGUGUAAUUUGGGACGUGACCGUUCAUUUCAUUCCAAAAAAAAAAAAAACCCGAAGAAGAAUGAUUUGUUUCUGUGAAGUCUACUUUCUGCACACACACCCGGUCCUGCGUGCUGCCCGAGUUCUUACAGAUUGUGUUGUUUUAAUGUUUACAGCCGGCCUCGUCACAGCUCCUGAAGGCUGAUCGUCCUUAUCCGUCUCAUCACCUGAGUGUGGAACGUCUGGCUGGACGGUGUGUGCGCGUGCGUAAACUCUCACCAUGAACUCGGCCUGAACCCCAUAUUAAUACACACACACGGCCGUUUCAGAGUUGUACACGCUCUUCUUCCCUGCUGAAAUCCUGUCUGUGUUAAUCACCUCAGCGGGACUUUUAUAUGAAAUUGUAAAUAUCUUUAUUUUGUUUUAAUUUAAAGACUCUCGUGACCAACGUAACCUGCUUCUGUAUUAAUGCUCUGUGUGUAUGUGAUAAUGAAGAGUUAUAUCUCUAAAUGUUCCAGUCAAAGACAUUAAACUGGAUGGAAUAUUCAUCAUUCGAACUCUCUUCAUCUUCAGUGCAGUGUUGUGAGGUUAUUUUACACAUCGUUUUUAGUUUUAUUUUAUUAAUUCCUGUCCAAAACAAUGCACUACUAAUACUAAUGACUGUAAUCUGAACCAAUCAUAUGCAGAAUUAUAACUCCUACACUUUGUACUAAUUUCAUGACUUGUAUCAGUGGAUUUUUAUAUGAAGAUUGAAAUAAACUUGCUUAUACUGCUUAUAA